CACUUCCCCACACAGGCCCCCACAGCCCCGCCUCUCCACAGCCACAAUGUUCCUCGUUACCCUGGAAGGAUAACAUCAAAGCGCGCACGCCGGCCACGGAACCUCGGCACGCGAUUGUCCAUCGCGGCGUGCGUCACUGAGGAGCCGCGUGUGGGUCAACAGGUACCCAGAUCGUCACGGGAGGGAGGGGGGGUGGGUGGUGUUUAGCGGGGGUGGGGCUGGAGUGAGUGGUGGGGGGCUGUUUUUUUGUGGGGGUGGUGGGGCAGAGUGGGUGGGGGUAGGUAAGGAGGUGGGAGUAGUGCUGCGGUGGGAAUCAAGACAGCGUGGAGCCAAGGAAAAGCUCCGAGUGAGAGACAGAGAGAGAGAGAGGGGCGAACGGUCGACGCUCCACCAUUAAGAAUCUGCACGACCAACGAGGGGAGGCGACAGUCGGCGAGAGGCAUCGGUACCAAGGACAGCGGCUUCCGCACCGGCAGCGAGAAUCCGCGGCGCCGCCGAUUCAGCCCACGACCAUUACAGCGGCGCAAGGGACGAGACUCUGAUUGAAUGUCAAGGGCCUCGCUCGUACAGAGAAGGGUCCAGUAUAGGGGGGGGGUACCUAGAGGGUACUAAAGGGGUUCCCGCGGGGGCGCUCGAGUCCCAGAACCUGCUCGUGACUGGACGGGCGGUGGAUCCGUGGAGCUGUUAGCGUGGAGAUGGAGCGGUGAGGAGGGAUCGCAGUUCUGCCGCAGGCGCGUCGACCGGGAUUCAUCUCGGAGCCUCUUCCCACACAAGCCAGCGCCAUACAGUAUACAUUUAUAUACUGUAUAGCUACACAGACACUUGGCCGCACUGGGGAAGUGGAGGGGGGGGAGGCGAGGCUCGUCCACGAUGGGAUGCGGAGGGAGCAAAGCCGACGCGAUCGAGCCGCGCUACCACGAGAGUUGGACCAAGGAGACGGAGAGCACGUGGCUCACGGGCACCGAGUCCGAGGUGCCUCUCUCCGCCAUCCCCGCCGCACCGGGCAGCCUCGACGCGGCGUCCUGCGCCGACAGCGGCGACGGCGGCUCCCUGAGCCUCAUGAGCGCCGGGAUCUUUGACGACGGCCUGGCGUACCCGGCGCAGGCGUACGUCACGAUGAGCCAAUCGGAGCAUCUGCACGAGGCCGCCGGGCCGAGGGACUCCGCGCUGGAGGACGCCGACGCCUCCCCCCCCGAGGUCCCUUCGUCGGCCACGGGCGAAGGGUCGAGACGCCCCUCUGAGCCCCCCAUCGGCGCCGCCGCCACUACCGGCGAGGUGGCGGUGGUGGCUGCGGCGGAGGCGGAGGCGGUGGCGGUGGGCGGCUCUCCCGAGCGCUCCUCGCUCUCCGUGGAGCUCUUCCCGGCCACGAGGACGCACGCGCACCACGCCAGCACGGGCGCCGAGAUCACCACGCUCGAGAAGAAGAGCGUCAUCCGCACCGAGGAGACCAAAUGGCAGGCGAACCGCAUGUCCACCAAGCAGGUGACCAUCACCAUCACCAAGAGCAUCCGUCAGAUCGGCAAAUCGGGACGGAAGCCCGAUGCCACGGCCGCCUCUGCCGCCAAGCUCCAGACGAAGUAAAAGCAGGCCCCGUGAACUCAGGGCGGGAGGUUUGGGAGGUGAACUCGGAGAGUCGGGGGUGGGGGGAGGUGGUGGUGGGUCCGAAUUGUAUCCUGCCUGCAAUUUCGACCUCUCUCCUCCUCCGGUAUCCAUCAAAGACAAAGAAACUCGCGUGAGCUGUUGGCGAGCACCGAUGCCGGCGGGCACGGCACACGAGGGGGUGGGUGGGUGGCCAGCACCACCGCCCGACCGCCUUUGUCUCCCCAGUGGCGAUGUUUACACACCGCACCAGGAACUCGUUUGAGGCCGAGUCGACCUAAGGAACCCGGUCACUGGUGGUUGGCCGCGAGCGGGAAUCGAACUCGGGUCGCCGGGUUCGUAACCUCGACACUACCGGCCGCCUCCCGCACACACAACGAUACAAAGACAAAUAUCCCCCGUAUAGCCUCUGUAGGGGCAAGUGCUGUUAGCGAGCACCUAUAAAGGCCGGCACGGCACACGAGGGGGUGGGUGGCCAACACCACGCCCGGCCGCCUUUGUCUCCCUAGCGACGAUGUUUACACAUCGCACCAGGUACUCAUUUGAGGCUGAGUCGAUCUAGGGGAGGCCCGGGACCGGUUCAGAUAAUCGUCACCGGUGUUGGCCGUGAACGGGAAUCGAACCCGGGUUCGCCAGGUUCGUAGCGGUGCGCGCUAACCGCUUCACACACUCACACACACUCACACACACGCUCACAGACACAAUCACACACAGACACAAUCACACACACACUCACACGCGCACACACGCACGCACACACACACUCACAUACACACACGCGCGCUCACACACACGCACACACACACUCACUCACACACACACGCACACACACACUCACUCACAUACUCACACGCACACACUCACACACACUCACUCACACACGCUCCCCCGCACGCACGUGCACACAAUGCUGGCGCUAACUUCUUAGCGCACCAUCGUGCGCAGAGCUCAACACUGCCAAGCAAACACUGCCAAUCAAGCCGGCAGACACAGGGAAACGUCUCACGGCUACCAUAUGAAGUGUUAACACGGGACGGGCCUGAGCAGCAGCAGGAGCAGCAGCAGCAGGAGCAGCAGCAGUAGUAGCAGCAGCAGGAGCAACAGCAGUAGCAGCAGCAGCAGGAGCAGGAGGAGCAGCAGCAGCAGGAGCAGCAGCAGCAGGAGCAGCAGCAGCAGGAGCAGCAGCAGUAGCAGCAGCAGCAGGAGCAGGAGGAGCAGCAGCAGGAGCAGCAGCAGCAGGAGCAGCAGCAGGAGCAGCAGCAGCAGGAGCAGCAGCAGCAGGAGCAGCAGGAGCAGCAGCAGCAGGAGCAGCAGCAGCAGGAGCAACAGCAGUAGCAGCAGCAGCAGGAGCAGGAGGAGCAGC